ACACCUCCAAAAACAUCUUCAACAGAAGCUCGAUCGAUCUUUAACCCUCGCCAAACUACUCAAAAUAAUCCAACAACCUUCUCGAUCGGACCACCAUGGUUUCUGAGAGGAACCAAUCCAAAAAAGUGUGCGUGAUCGGAGCCGGACCGUCGGGGCUGGUCGCGGCCAGGGAGCUGAGAAAAGAAGGGCAUGUUGUGGUGGUUUUGGAACAAAACCAUGAUGUUGGAGGGCAAUGGCUGUAUGAACCAAACGUGGAGGGCGAGGAUCCUCUAGGAAGGAACACUUUUCUUAAGGUGCACAGCAGUAUCUAUGGAUCUUUGAGGCUCGUAUCUCCAAGGGAAAUCAUGGGCUUUACUGAUUUUCCAUUUUUGGUCAAGAAAGGUAGGGACAUGAGAAGGUUCCCUGGCCAUGGGGAACUUUAUCUGUACCUAAAAGAUUUCUGUGACUGGUUUGGGUUAAGGGAGAUGAUAAGGUUUAACACAAGGGUGGAGUAUGUGGGGAUGUUGGAUUAUUCUGGUGUUAUUGGCAAAGAUCUGAAAUGGGUUGUUAAGAGUAAAGAGAUCAAGAAGACAGAGAAGGUGGUGGAAGAGGUUUUUGAUGCAGUGGUUGUGGCCACUGGCCAUUACUCUAAGCCUAGGUUGCCUACCAUAAAAGGAAUGGAUGCGUGGAAAAGGAAGCAGAUGCACAGUCACAUCUACAGGACUCCCGAGCCAUAUCGCAAUGAGGUUGUGGUGGUGGUUGGAAAUUCCCUAAGUGGACAAGAUAUAUCAAUGGAGCUUUUAGAAGUGGCAAAGGAAGUCCACCUCAGCUCCAGAUCUCUUAAAAUUUCAGAAGGUUUAUCAAAAGUCAUCUCCAAAAAUGGCAAUUUGCAUCUUCAUCCACAGAUAGACACUCUUCAUGAAGAUGGAAGGGUUCUAUUUGUAGACGGCUCUUGGGUUAUUGCCAAUUCUAUUUUAUAUUGCACAGGGUAUUCAUACACGUUCCCAUUUCUUGACUCCAAAGGGAUAAUCGUUGUAGAUGAUGACAGAGUGGGUCCUUUGUAUGAGCACACCUUCCCUCCUUCUCUUGCUCCCUCUCUCUCUUUUAUAGGUGUUCCUAGAAAGAUUAUAGGAUUCCCUUUCUUUGAAUCACAAGCAAAAUGGAUAUCUCAGCUGCUAUCUGGGAAAAGAACAUUGCCAUCAAGGGAUGAAAUGAUGCAGUCCAUUAAGGAGUUCUAUCACUCAAGGGAUGCAGCUUGCAUUCCAAAAUAUAAUACACACGAUAUUGCCCAGUUUGAGUAUUGCGAUAAAUAUGGAGAUCAUGUUGGAUUCCCACACCUAGAAGAAUGGAGAAAGCAGCUCUGCAUUUCGGCUUUAAUAAAUGCCGAUGCCAACUUAGAGACAUAUCGUGAUUCGUGGGAUGAUCAUGAGCUUCUUCAAGAGGCUCUUCAAAGUCCUCAUUUCACUCAAUUUCCUGCUGAAUCUUUUACUCUCUGAGAGCCUAUUGGUUUUGCUUGGACCACCACACAACUGAUCACAUCAUAUUAAAGUACUAUUUGUCGUAAAUGGGAUUUUUAUUUUGUUGAUUUUAUAAUUUUUUCUAUGUCUGUUGAGAUGGGAGAGGAUCAGGAAGGGGGAUUAAUUAGGAGGAAUUACAGAAGUUGCAAAAGAAAAGGAGACUCUGAAACUUCCUUUUUUUUCUGGGUUAUUUUUAUCAUUUUUUGGUCAUGAAGUAUAAUUUAAAUGAUCAAUCCAUUCAAUCAAACGAUUUUAUAUGAUUUCAAUUGUUAAAAAAAA